AGAAAAAACGCAAACGAAACGAAAGAACGCAAGGUGGGAACCAAGAACAUCGAACGACAGCAAAACGGGUGACAGGCGCGACAAGAAAGACAAGAAAAACAGGAGUACUAACGGCAUACAAAUAUACUAAAAGGGCGAAGACGGCAACGAAAACAACAACAACAAUAACAACAGCAGCAGCAACAACAACGAUGUUAGCUAACGCCAAGAACAAACAAUUCAAAUAGUUUUCAUUUGGAUAAAGCAAAAAUCGCGUUUGCCGCUUGCCCCGCCGCCACGCUGUGUAUAUGUGUGCGUGUGGGUGUAGGUGCCUGUAUGUGUGCGUGCGAGCGUGUGUGUGUGUGUGACGAUGUGUUUUUAUAACACCGCCUAAUUCGCAGCCAGCAACAACACAACGCUAGCAAAUUAUAACAGUAAGAAGCUGCAGCUGAAGCUGGAAAAACAACACCAACAGCAGCAACUACAACAAUCGCUCACUUGAUCCCAUUUCACGCGUCGCCUCGCCUCGUCUCGCCUCUACGUCUCUUAUGUUGUUUUCUGUCUGUCGCACUUGCAGUUGCACACGAUCCGGCAUCGCUACGUCAUCGUCAUCGUCAUCGAGCUAUCAACCUAUCGACUAUUGCAUCGGCAGUCAUCAGCAUCAUCAUUAUCACCAUCAUCAUCACCGCCAUCAUCAUUAUCAUUAUCAUCAUCGUCACAAGCUCCAAAACGGCGACAACAACUGACGUUGCACCAACACCAACAACAACAACAGCAACAACAGCAACAGCAAGAAAAGCAGCAACACAAUGCCCAAAUGCGAUGUGAAAACCCGUUACAUUCCGGCGACUUUCGCAUGGAUUGUGCUGCUACUUACAACAUUUCUCUUCUUCUUUUAUCCCUGCCAAUACUAUGUAAAGAGUCAUCCAUGGGUGCUGGCCUAUCAGGGCGUCAUCACGUUCUUUGUGCUGGCAAACUUUACGUUGGCCACAUUUAUGGAUCCGGGCAUUAUACCCAAAGCCUCGCCCGACGAAGACUGCGAGGAGGAGUUCCGCGCACCGCUCUACAAGAAUGCCGAGAUAAACGGCAUUACAGUUAAAAUGAAAUGGUGCGUUACCUGCAAGUUUUAUCGCCCGCCCCGCUGCUCCCACUGCUCAGUGUGCAAUCACUGCAUAGAGACAUUCGAUCAUCACUGUCCCUGGGUAAACAAUUGCAUUGGCAGGCGCAAUUAUAGGUUCUUCUUCUUCUUUCUCGUAUCACUCUCCAUCCAUAUGCUGAGCAUAUUCUCGCUUUGCCUGUUCUACGUGCUCAAAAUCAUGCCCAACAUUAAACAGACGGCGCCCAUUGUCGCCAUGAUACUGAUGGGCCUUGUCACUGUACUGGCGAUACCGAUAUUCGGGUUAACGGGCUUCCACAUGGUGCUGGUAUCGCGGGGUCGCACCACCAACGAACAGGUGACUGGCAAGUUCAAGGGCGGCUACAAUCCGUUCUCGCGCGGCUGUUGGCACAACUGCUGUUACACUCAGUUUGGACCACAGUAUCCCAGUCUUCUGAAGCCGAAGAAGUACGCAUCGCGACGAUCUCAGACGCAAAAUCAAGCAAUAAGCACUAUAUGCAACGAUCGGACCAAUCAACAGACCAAUGCCGGUAGCGGUAGCGGAGCCGGAGCCGGUGGCAAUGGCAGUACAGCCGGCGGCGUCGGCAGUGGAAUGCGCGGCACCUCGGUACAAUAUUCACCCCGCUCCUACUACGAGUCGAGUCGGGAGAAGCGUGGAAUUCAGGUAAAGACUUAUAUGGCCGAGGGCAAUGGUUAUAAUCAGCGGUCGGGCAGCACAACGCUUUAUAGUAAGCUGUCGCCGGGACGGGAGUGCUCCGAUACGGACCUUGAGCCGCCGCCCGCCUCACAGAGUCAAGACUGCGAGCCGACUCCGCCGCUGCAACGGCACAACUCGACCAACUUCUACCUGCCUCAGGUGAGCGACACCGCGCCCGGCAUCAAUAUGAGCACCAUGAACAAUGGCAAUAUUGCUAGCGGCGCAGGUGGUGUCCCCAACUCAUCGCAGACUGGCGGCGGUGGCGACUCACCGCGUCACCUGCGCAUCUAUCAUCCACGUCACAGUCCGCACGCGCGAACCAGGGGCCUGGAUCCGCAGCGCGGCUACACGAGCGAUGCGCUCUCGCCGGACCAACCGGGCGGUGGCUAUGUCGUUAAUGGUCAGCAGGGCAUAUCAGUAGCACAAAGCCAGCGCGGUGGUACCACAACGGCCACGCCCACCAUGCAACAACGAAUCAAGCCACUGGGCGUGGCCACGCCACUCGUCAUCGCCAGUCCAGUGAGAAGAUCCAAUCCGGGUACACCCACGCAGCCACGACGUCCCGACUUCAUAGGCCUGAAUGCGCAGGCGGCACAGCAGCAACAACAACAGCAGCAGCAGCACCAGCAGCAGGCGGCCGCAGCGGCAGCUGCCUACUAUGAGUACACCAGCGGCCUGCCGCCGCAGCAUCCACAGGCACCAACGAUUCAACAUCAGCAACAGCUGCUGCUACAACAGCAGCGUGUUAUGCUGCAGCAUCAGCAACAGCAGCAGCAACAAGCGCUGCAGCAGCAGCAGCAAUCGCUGGCGCAGGCUGCCUAUGGCGGCAGCCCACAGCGUCGCUUUCUGUCUGAGGGCGAGCUAGUGCGACAGGGCGCUGGCGGGGAGCUCUCCUAUGCGCGUUCCAACAACACGGUGGACAACAUACGCGAACUGGCUGGCAGUCCGCAGCGCGGCGUCUACAUGUGGAAGGACACAUCGCCCGGCUUUGGUGGUGGCGGCGGCCCGGCUGCUGUCAGCAUUGGCAGCAGUGCUGGCACACUGCCAAACAGCAGUAAUACGUCUGGCAUUAUGCAGCAUGCUCAGUACAUAACAGCCGGCGGUAGCACCCAUCCACUCAUCAUGACCCACUCACGGUUGCAGGACUAUGCCAACCAACAGCAACAGCAGCAGCAUCAACAACAACAGCAACAAGCAGCUGUUGCAGCCGCUGCUGCAGCGGCAGCAGCUGCCUCAUAUCAUCGCUCCAAUCCCACAAGCCCUACGACCAUGCCGCAAACGUCCGCUGCACAAAGCUACAUUCUGCGCUAUGGCGGCGGUGGUGGCGGCGGCGGUGGUGGUGGUGGUGGUGGUGCAGCUGCAGCUUCGGGUAGCAGCGGUAGCAUUGCCAAUGUGCCAGCUUCCAGCAAUGCCAGCUCCGGAUCUGGCGGCUAUCAGCCGCAGCUGCGCGGCGGCGUUCCAGUUUUUCCGCCAAAUCCGCUGGCCGGCAUUAAUGUGAGCAACGCAUCUGGUGCACUGCAGCCGCAGCCAUCUCCACAGAUCAAGCGCAAGCAGACGCCGACGAGGCCAAUGAGCUUUGUGCGCGCCCUGGAAAUGACCGACUCCAUGGAGAUGCAGACACUUGAGCAGCAGCAAGCGGCAGUGGCGGCUGCAACCAUGGCGCGCAACAAUGGCGGUCUGCCCAGCGGCGUACCAACGAGCCUGGCACAACAGAAUGCGGCAGCUGCAGCCGCGGCAGCAGCUGUUGGACGUAAUGCGGCAGCAGCGGCAGCCGCGGCUGCGGCAAAUGCCAGUGGCACACCGGAUCGCGCGAGCAUCUACGAUAUGAACUACGAGAUCUCCGUAUAACCCGUGGUUGUGCCCGUCGUCGUAAUGCCACCCGCCUCAGUAACAGCAGCCAGCAGUGCAGUCGCCACGGCAACGGCGACGACCGCCUUCUACGCGCAGCAACAACAACUGCAACGCGCCAUAUUAAGCAAUGGGGCAGAGCCGGCGGCGUACGCUUCGGUGCCCAUACCCAUGCCCGUGUCCGUGCUGGUCGCCAAGCACAGCAACGGGAGCAACCAGAGCCACCUCAACAUCAGUAAGACGCCAAACAAGCGCAAGUUCUCCACGUUCUUCUGAAGCU